GGAGAAAGGAGAAGGUACACGGUGGCAACAGGACCUCAGAAGGACAGAGAAUCAAGAGUAGGAAUGUGGCGAGGAAGCAGCACAGGGGGUAGCCAGGGAGCAGCCAUGGAGGGAACCGGUGGAGAACUGGGGGGACAGGGGAACUGGGGUCUGAAGGAUGGCCCAGGCCUCUUGGCCAGGGCCUCCCUGCCCAUCAUGCCUGCAUGGCCAUUGCCUCUGGCCUCUUCUGCCCUUACCCUGCUCCUUGGAGCCCUCACUUCCCUUUUCCUCUGGUAUUGCUACCGCCUGGGCUCCCAAGACAUGCAGGCCCUGGGGGCUGGAAGUCGGGCUGGGGCUGUUGGUGGUAGGCCUGGAGGGUGCUCUGAAGCGGGCAGGCCAAGUCCAGGCCGCUCUGGAGAGUCCAGAGAAGGACCCAGGACGGAAGGCCUAAUGAGCCGUCGCCUUCGGGCCUAUGCCAGGCGCUACUCUUGGGCAGGGAUGGGUAGGGUGAGGCGGGCAGCUCAGGGUGCCCCCAGCCCAGGGGGAGGGCCAGGGGUCCUGGGCAUCCAGCGCCCAGGCCUGCUUUUCCUGCCAGACUUGCCCUCUUCCCCCUUCGUGCCCCGGGAGGCCCAGAGGCACGAUGUGGAGCUCCUGGAGAGCAGCUUCCCAGCUAUCCUGCGGGACUUUGGGGCUGUGAGCUGGGACUUCUCAGGGACGACUCCUCCGCCUCGGGGCUGGUCCCCACCCCUGGCCCCUGGGUGCUACCAGCUCCUGCUAUACCAAGCAGGCCGCUGCCAACCCAGCAACUGCCGCCGGUGCCCAGGGGCCUAUCGGGCACUGAGGGGGCUGCGAAGCUUUAUGAGUGCCAACACCUUCGGCAAUGCUGGCUUCUCCGUCCUCCUGCCUGGCGCCCGGCUUGAUGGCCGCUGUGGGCCCACUAAUGCCCGCGUCAGAUGUCAUCUGGGCCUGAAGAUUCCCCCUGGUUGUGAGCUGGUGGUCGGGGGAGAGCCCCAGUGCUGGGCUGAGGGACACUGUCUUCUGGUGGAUGACUCCUUCCUAUACACAGUGGCUCAUAAUGGCUCUCCCGAAGAUGGGCCUCGAGUGGUCUUCAUCGUGGACCUCUGGCAUCCCAAUGUGGCUGGGGCCGAACGCCAGGCUCUCGACUUUGUCUUCGCACCAGACCCUUGA